AUUGUUUUGAAGCUGGCAUUGAUGAACUUUUUAAUGUUUGCAGCACCCACCAUGACCGACCUAUGUGCCGGAUUUGCCAUGAAGGCAGCAACCAGGAAGAUCUGCUCUCCCCCUGCGAAUGUACAGGAACUCUAGGAACUAUUCAUAGAAGCUGCCUAGAGCACUGGCUUUCUUCUUCAAACACCAGUUACUGUGAACUCUGCCACUUCAAGUUUUCAGUGGAGCGUAAACCUAGACCAUUAAUAGAGUGGCUAAGAAAUCCAGGCCCUCAACAUGAGAAGCGGACUUUGUUUGGAGAUAUUGUGUGCUUCCUGUUUAUAACCCCACUAGCCACAAUUUCUGGUUGGCUGUGUUUGCGAGGUGCAGUGGACCAUCUACACUUCAGCAGCCGACUAGAAGCAGUUGGACUCAUUGCAUUAACUACUGCACUCUUCACUAUUUAUCUAUUUUGGACUUUAGUUUCAUUCCGUUACCACUGUCGAUUGUACAAUGAGUGGCGUCGAACCAAUCAACGAAUUAUACUGCUUAUACCAAAGUCAGCAGAUGCAUCACCUUCUCAGCAAUUACUUCUUGAUCUGCAUCCAAUGAAAAGGAACUCAAAAGAGACAAUUGUAUGACAUAUGUCAGUCUCUUUGAAUUUUCAAUGUAGAAUCCUAUGAGCUCUAACCAAAGAUAAUUAACUUAGUCUGCUACCUAUCUUCAAAGGUUAGCCUGGUUCGCAAUGCAGCAACUUAAUGAAAUUUGGAGGAACUGGAUUACAUUGCCAGUUUUUCUUAAAAUUCUGUAAUCUUUAUUACUAUAAUAAGGCCUACAAUAUAAUCCUUUAUACUAUCAUUACUGAUGAUACUUGGUAUUUAGUUUUAUUUUAAUGUCAGAUAAUGUCGUAUGGAUUCUUGUUUUCCCCCAAUUAAUUGGGUAAUAUUUUUAAUGUGCUUGUCAGUGUCAGUUGUUAUUCUUGGAAUUGAGACUGAUGGAUCACUUAAAGUUUCUAUGCAGAAAAUGAUCAGAUUCACCAUUUUUGUUUUAAUUUCCAAACAAUAAUUGGUUAGCACAUAAUUUGUUAUGGGGAGUGACACAAUUUUAAAGUGAAACUUUUAUGAGAAUUAUUUUUGGUUUACUAUCCUAAAGCUUAAUGUGUUCACAAAAUUAUCCAGGUGUGAUGAUAAUUGAAUUAUCUGUUGAUUGAGUUACUCAGUUGAUGGACACUUUGAAUUUUUUUCAAUUACAUUCUGAUGGAAUGGAUUAUUGGACAGACCUGACAAAUUAUGUAUUUAAUUACAUUCAUUAUCCUAAGCAAUACUAAGUUUGCUGCAUAAUUAUGCAUCAUUUUUAUCUUUGAUGCUUGACUACACAUGUUGCAUUUGAUAUAGUGGACUUCUAUUUAAAAUAGCACUGUUUUAUUUUAUUUUGUAUUGGAAAUAUUUCUUUAAAUCAAUACACUGCUUCUGUAGUCCAGAAUAAGUUUAAGUAUCUGCUUACAUUAUUUGCCAAAUUGCGAAUUAGCGUAUCUGAAAAUACUUGGAUCCUAUCUUGUAUGUAUAAUUAAGUAUUGAAAUAUUUAAGUCAAAUGAGACAUUCUACCACCGAAAUUAAAUCUGAGUUUAUUGUAAUUAGCAUGCAGUACUAGAAGAUGUUCAUUUAUGCUAUUAAGUCAAACAUGAUUACAUAACAAUGUAUUGCUAAUAUAGUGACUAAAAAACUUAUCGUUUUCUCAAAAUAGCAGGCAAAAUUUAAAAGUUAUUAUUUUUGAUUCUGACAUUCAUCAAGUUGUUUUAAUUUCCAAAAUUGUGUGACUUCUGAAACACUCAUAUUUUUCUGCAGCGUUGAAAUAACAUAAGGUGAAACAAACAUUAUCAGUCAAACAUUCAAGGAGGCAACAUUUAAUUUGCGUGUAUUGAUUUUAAGUUAAAAGUUAUUUGUACUGUCAAUUUAGAAAUGCCUGAGUCUGAUACAAAAUUUUAACUGACCUGAAAAUUAGGUAUGAUAAAUUUAGCAUAUGCAAAACAUUAGGGAUAAAUGCAAUAGAGGGAACAAGAUAUUGUCUCCUUCUAAACUCAAGUGUUGAUUCUUAACACUCUAAAUUUCUACCUCCAGGCAAGUAUGUAUAAAGAAAGAUGCCAUCCAUAUUGUGACAUCUUGUUAAAUCCUUAUACAUUUCAGGUAUCUCACAUAAGUAAUAUGAUUUUAUUUUUGCCUUAAUGUAUGUUUAAAUCUUUCAAGAUGCUCAAGUGCAGGAUUUGAGGGAAGAGAAAUGUCUUUUUGGAAUUUGAUGCCAAUGUAUUUCAAGAAUGUGGAUCAAGUCUGUGGUCAUGACUUUGUUACUCAUACUUUCUCAGAACCUCUCAUGGCCUGAAUGAAUUUACUAUUCAGCAAAACUUUAGUUUUGUGCACAACAAUGCAUGUUCAGUUUUGAAACUGUAAUAAUUUAUUUACAGCUUUUGUAUUAACCAGCAACAUUAGAUAUUGAAAUAAAUUCUGAAGUACAAAAA